AGCGCCGGCGCCCUGAAAUCUACUACGAUCGACCCCCGGGUAUCACUAAAGGCACGAAGUCCGGGAUAACAACCCGAAUUUUCGAAAAUGUGUUGCUAAAAACAAUAACAGUGGUAAAUUGUGACAUCAGUGAAAAUGGGUACCGUCUUGAGCUUUUCGCCGCGUGAAAGGCGUCCAGUGUACACGACAAGUUCGACGGGUGAUUUUACGUUGAAUAAUUUCAGUUACGAGCAGCUAAACAACGCGAAAAAUCGGGAAACCAAGAUCAACAUAACAAAUUCCAACAACCACAACCUAAACAACAUAAACAACAAUGAUAACGCUCGAAUUAUAUCGGAAAAAAAUGCACUGGAAAAGAACCUCAAGAAGCACUCCUUAUUCAUCAACGCCUUAUCAUGGAAGCGAUUCUCCACGACAAACAACAACAAGAAAAAGUUGGACAACAAGAACAAAAAUAUCACAGUGUUCCGUCAACCUUUAGUAGACAAUAUCCACCCAGUCGUCGACAAAAAUAAAAACAUCCAGCAAAAUAAAACCUACUACUCAAACUCCAAGUCAUCAUCAGCACUAGCUUUGGACAUUGUUCGUGUUAACAACGCCAAUAACAAUACAAACCAUCACGUUAACUGUGACAAAGUUAUAAACAAACAGACUCUUUUAGCGCAGAGUUCGAUUUGUUCUCAAAAUCAAGUGGUCCCUGUAGCAGGGACGACCAAGAAAACUGUCAUACAGGCUUCCACUUCAGAACUUUUGAAAUGUUUGGGCAUGUAUUUACAUGCGAAAUGUUAUAAACUUAGGGAUUUUCAAGCGGGCGAUGCUGUUAUGUGGCUGAGGACCGUUGACAGGAGUCUUUUACUGCAAGGAUGGCAGGAUGUCGCCUUUAUAAACCCAGCAAACGUAGUCUUCGUCUACAUGCUCGUGCGAGAACUGGUCGAAGAAGACACCGACUGCGAGCAAGACCUUCAAGCCGUAGUCUUAACCUGCCUCUACUUAUCCUACUCAUACAUGGGUAAUGAGAUCUCCUACCCACUCAAACCCUUCCUUGUGGAGGACUCCAAAGACCGCUUCUGGGACCGUUGCCUCGAAAUUGUCAACCGACUCUCGUCAAACAUGCUGCGAAUCAAUGCUGAGCCAGCCUACUUCACCGAAAUAUUUACAGAACUGAAAUCGUGCGGCGUUGCCAGUCUUAUGGCAAACAACAUGGCGGUGAUGGGAUGUCAAACCGUUCCUGUGGUGCCAUGCAAUACUGGAACUGCUACCGCUUGACAUAGGGAGGUGACCGUUGUCAAGUUAAAGCUAGCGGAAAUGCCCACAAUUCCAUGUGAAGUGUAAACAGCCAAAGACGUUUUUUGAUAAAAUGGCGACAAGAAAAACAAUAAUAAAAGUAUGAGAGAGAAAUAACGUACCAUAACAGGGUGUAACAUGUUUUAUCAAAGCAGUUACAUUUUUUUGCCUAUAUUAAAAAAACAUAGAAGGGUAAAGUUUUGAAUACACUUUUUCAUAGAUCAGAAUUUUGCUCAUAUGUAGAAAACCUAUUAACUUGUUAUUUGGAAUAUAUAUUAUACAAACCAUAAUAAAUAAAAUUACUAAAUUUGGUUUAGAUCUUUUCUAGUUUUUUACUUGCAGCCCUAUAUAUUAACAGUGGC